AUGGCGGCAACCACUACUUUUUCAUCCUUCAUUACCCAAUUCAUCGUAUCACCAACUCCACACCUCCACCACUCUCCCUCAUCGCUCACUUGUCCAUUUGCCACUCCCCAUUUGGAUACAACCUGUCUCAAUCACUCCUCUGCCAAUUCACUUAAACUCAGCCCCCUACAACCCACUCGUCGUAUCUCCUUUAUUACCUUCUCCAGCAAUACUGACGGUGGAGAAAUUGGUGGUGAUGGCGGAAGUGGAAGCGGUGCUGGUAGUGGAGGAGGUGGGGGCGGAAGCGGAGGUGGAGAUGAUAACGAGGGAGAUGCAUGGGAAAGAAACAAGGCAGAGGCAAUCAUGGCCUUGGUCGAAGCUGGCAGAUCAUUGGAUAGCAUUCCUAAGGACCUGGCAGCCUCCAUUGAAGCCGGGAGGAUUCCGGGUUCGAUAGUACAUCGGUACAUCGAGCUCGAGAAGUCUGCGGUGCUCCGUUGGUUGCUCCAAUUUGGAGGGUUUAAGGAAAGGUUACUUGCAGACGAUCUUUUCUUGACUAAAGUUGCUAUAGAGUGUGGUAUUGGGAUCUUUACGAAGACUGCUGCAGAAUUGGAAAGGCGUAGAGAAAAGUUCACCAAGGAGCUAGAUUUCGUCUUUGCUGAUGUGGUAAUGGCCAUUAUUGCAGAUUUCAUGCUCGUUUGGCUCCCUGCCCCCACCGUUUCUCUACGACCGGCUAUAGCUCUUAGUGCUGGAUCUCUCAAUAAGUUCUUCUAUGGAUGCCCUGAUAAUGCCUUUCAGGUUGCAUUGGCUGGUACAUCCUACUCAUUUUUACAGAGGAUAGGAGCCAUCGUGAGAAAUGGGGCCAAGCUAUUUGCAGUUGGAACCAGUGCAUCUCUGGUUGGCACAGGUGUAACCAAUCUGUUAAUUAACGCACGGAAGGCUAUUGAUAAGUCCUUUGCUGGUGAAGCCGAGGAUGUACCCAUAUUAUCAACCAGCGUUGCAUAUGGUGUCUACCUGGCUGUUUCGAGCAACCUUAGGUACCAAAUCCUUGCUGGAGUUAUUGAACAACGAAUCUUAGAACCCUUGUUACACAAUCAUAAGCUCAUACUUAGCGCAAUCUGUUUUGCUGUUCGCACUGGCAAUACCUUUCUGGGGUCAUUGAUGUGGGUGGAUUAUGCACGUUGGAUAGGAAUCCAGAAGAUACGUGAAUAA